CAGUGUUUGAACAAGGAAAGAUUCCCAGGUGUACAGAAGGUUGGAUUCAUUCUUAUUUGGGUUAAAAACGGUGAAAUGAGAUUUCUAAAGCUCGUGGACUCCAGCUUCCUUUCUGUUUCUCCUGACCUCUGCAAGAUGGAUGGGAAAUGUGCCUGUGUGGCUAAGAGAACCUCGCCCGAGAAACUGAAGCUGUGGUGAAAAAGGAAGCUUUGCAAUAACAGAAGGGAGGAAAAAAGCCACACAAAGAUGCUGGGCUCUAGGACUGCUUUAUUUGCUGCCUAACCGGCACAGGCUCAAUCCAUGGUGGUGAAUCCUGCAUCUCCUCCAACCCCCACCUUUCAGCUGCUUCACACUCCUACUGAGGACCAGAGAGGUUGCUGCGUUACUUUAGAUGAGAGAGCAGAACCAGUUCUGUUAGUAAUUUGGUACACUUGAGCUUUAGCAAGUCAAGGGAAGAAAUUGUUAGCAUUAGGUUGCCUUGAUGACAGCAGAGACAACAAAACAAACCUUGCGAGCAGCACAGCUGGGAGAGAAGGAGAAGUGUUCUUGAAACAAAGAUGUUAUUUGCUGCAAAUCUCCACCAAGUCUGCUUAAUGGAAAGGCCCCCGCAAGCCUGAAUUUCUUAUUAGACCCAGAAAGAUUUUUUUUUUUAAACCCAGGAUUGAAUUUAAAGCAUCCACCACCCAUUUUUCCUCUCGACCCUGCUUUCAAAAAAACCAGCCUACCAGAUGAUGUUCUUUCUGAGCUACUGACAAAGAAAAGGCAAAUCAUGGAUUUUUGAAAUCAGGAUAAUUGGCUGCUUGAAAUCAGAAGAUUUCUGGCCACCGAACUUUCCUCUUCUGUCCUGUGCUCUUGUGAUGUGAUAGUUAACUUGCUGAUAUUAAAGCCAUCCUUCUGUAUCUCUGAGCUAGCCAGAUCGAAUGAACUCAAUGGACUGAAUGCACAGCCAUAGCCUUCAAAUCACUUCAAGUGACUAUUCCCCAACCACAGUUAACUUUUGUGUGCAUGCACGGAGCAGACACCUCUGUAGGUGAUUCACUGGGCUCCCAGCUGUUUUACUGUUGCCUGGUAUCCUCCUUGCAUGCCCUGCACUGAAAGACUUGAACCUCAAGAGAGACACAUGAGGGCCCAGGACUCUCUCCAGGGCAGAACUUUUUUGAGCUUUUAGUGUCUUCAGCCACUUGGAUGUGAACCACAGUUGUUGACAUUUAAGGCGGACUCUGUCCAGUGACAUCCUGCAGCUGCUCCUGGAGGAUUUGUGUGCUCUCCCAUUGAAGGGCUUUCCCUUUUGUGAAGAUGUCCAUGGUGUUUCUGUGAAGCUGAGGUAUGGCUGCUGGAAGGUUGCUGCUCUAUGCUGGCCUCUCUUUAGCUUUGUGUGCCCUGGGCAUGCUGGCUGUGGCAAUUUGCUCUGACCACUGGUAUGAAACUGAUGCCAGGAAGCACAGGGAGAGGUGCAAAACCAUCACUACUAAGAGAAACGACCCUGGCUUCAUUUAUAACUCCAACAAUAACCUGCCUCUCAGGGCCAGCAGGUCUAGGUUGGACCGCUGGGAAGGGAAACUCCUCUUGGCAAGAAACAGGAGGCAGCUCUUUGCUAUGAGUGCAGCUGAUGAGUGCAACAGACAGUAUAACUCGACGAACAUGGGGCUCUGGAGAAAAUGCCACCGACAAGGAUUUGACCAAGAACUGGAGGAGCUGAUUGCCAAAGCCAUGACAUUGAGAUGACCUUGAAAACACUGACUGGGUGUAAAUCAUGUGCAGAGUUGUGUGUUUGAGCCUGCAGGCAACUUGGACUAGAGCUCCAGGAGAAGUAUGAGUAUAUCUACAGGUAUAAUGGACAUUUCUUAUUUAGUAAAGGAGUUGUCACCUCACAAGACUGACAAAAACACUGCCUUAACUCACUGGGCAUUGGCUUCCAUGG